ACUGGCCAGGAUAAAUGCGGGGAGGAUAUUUCACCACAGCCUUCCUCAUCGCUCAAGCUAGUGAGAGAUGUCGUUGCAGCUAGAUAGUUUACAUGACGUGAAAGAGGCAGCUCGAACUAAGGAGUUCAAGGAGCUCUGCUUGGCAUGCCGCUCGGGGGAUACCGAGAAAGUGGACAAGCUAAUUUCAACGGGCGUGGAUGUUAACCAGAUGGAUGAAUGGAACUACAGCCCCUUGGUUUUGGCCAGCUUGUGCGGCCAUAUUGAGAUCGUCAAGUUGCUCUUGAACAACGCCGGUGCGGUAUGUGACAGAGACACAUUCGAGGGGGCGAGAUGCAUUUACGGUGCCUUGAACGAUGAAAUCAGAAAAUUGCUUCUUUCGUUUGACAUCAACAAGGCGGUGGAUUUGAGCCAACCUUUCGUGUCGCAUAUUUCGUCCUUGUUCAAAACGACCCACAAAGCCGCUGACGAGAGCAGCUGGAGGUCCUCCUUGAAGGACGUGGAGUUCAAAACUGCAGACGAUGAUCUCAGUAUUAUCAGGGCGCACAGAUUCAUCCUCACUUCCAGGUGUGGUUUCUUCAAAAAAGAGUCGCCCGGCGCGGCAACAACGCUGAUGAUCGAUGUGUCCCAGACAUUGGACUUGUUAACGUUGAAAUACCUCCUCAAUUACGUUUACUUGACAUUGAAUUCACAAAUUACCUUCAGUGACAUUGACUCAGAGACCCUCAGAGAGCUUGCAAAGGUGUACGAGUUGGACGAUUUGACCGAACUAUUAGACAUCGAAGCUGACGCCAAUAUCCGGCAGUCCGAAAGGUCCAAAAAGAAGAAUAGGGUAGUUUUUGACAUGGUGGAGAGAGGGAGGGAGGAUUUCAAGAAAUUCUGUACCGAAAACGUCAUCGGCAGGAAGAUCAUUACGGCUGUUGAGGAAUCCGAUACGGAAGAGGGGGACUCCAGCGUUGUUUCCAGCGGUAUUUCCUCAGAGCAGAAGCUAGCUCUUUUCCAAUCGGCUGCGUACCCGGAUAUCAUCCUCGGGGUAUAUGAUAGGUACAGCCAUACAGUAGCAUACUACCCGGCCCACCGAUCCAUUCUUAUGAGGUCUGGUUUCUUUGAGACCUUUUUCUCUUCGCUUUUGUUUCUGACAAAUGACGAGGAUCCUGGGAGCCUUCCGCAAGUGAUUACCGUCCCAAUUGGAUCCAGUGAGGCGGCUGAAAUCAUCCUCAAGUAUUUAUACUACGACGAGGUGGAGGUGCCAAAGGAGUUUGCGGUUGACGUCCUUGUCGCUAGUGACGCCUUGUUCAUCGACAGAUUGAAGAUGAUGAGUUCGGUGACCAUCACCAAUUCUGUCAUCAUUAAUGAGACGGAAGACGAGAUCGAUAGCGACGACAACGAGGUUGGGUACACGAUUUAUGAAAUUUUGCAAAUCGCGUGGGAGACCAGAAUGGAUCGCUUAGAGCAACAUGUUGCCAAAAUCAUUGCCUGGAAUCUAAGACAGUUCAUUGGCAAGGAGAAGUUCCGCGACAUGAUUCUCGAGAGCUCGGAAAGAAUUAAGGAAAGGCAGGUGACGGAUACCAUCGAGUUGUUGGAUGACAUCAGAUACUACUUGACCCGAAAGUAUGUCGUUGAGGAUGAAAACUAUCUCAAUGAGAAGUUUGUGCACAAGGCGGAUGUUUUCGAAGCAGAGCUCUUGUUAGAUGAGGAUUUUGUUUCGGAUUCUAACCGGGCUAAGGAUUUGGCCGAAUACGACACUGAUUUGACCUUGAUAGAGGCUUUGUUGGCUGAUCUAGGUUUGGAUGCGUAAAUGUGUAUUAGACUUCUAAAUGGGGCUAAACACAUUUUUCCGUGAGGGGUUAUUUCAACAGGUAAAGAUUUUUCAUAGAACGAACUCAACCCUAGACUGCUAGGGUUGAGUUUCCCAUUAGAGCAAGUGUAACUUCAGAUUAAGAAAGGGU